GAGGAAGAAGUUCGCCCCAGAUGAAAGUUGAAACAUCGUACGGGCAGGAAAUCAUAAGAACUUGUGAUUCAAAGAUGUAGCCAGUAACAAGCAUUCAUUCACAAUAUAUAUACUAGUACAAGUCUUCCUAGUCAACUGAGGGCCAUGUGUGUCUCCCUGGUGGCUGCUACAGCAGCCCUGUGCUUGUAUGGCUUCCUGAAGGAGCUGCGCCCCUCGGAGUCAUUUUUGACACCUUACCUUGUGGGACCAGAUAAGAAUUUGAGUGAAACCCAGGUGGACAAUGAGGUCUACCCAGUGUGGACUUACUCCUACCUCGUCGCCUUAAUCGUAGUCUUCCUACUCACUGAUCUCCUACGCUACAAACCAGUGAUCAUCUUCGAGGGUUUGACGUACCUGGGAACAUGGGCCCUCCUUCUGUGGGGGCAGGGGGUCCUGACGAUGCAAUUGAUGCAGUUUUUAUAUGGACUGGCUACAGCCACAGAGAUAGCGUAUUAUUCGUACAUCUAUGCAGCAGUGGAGAAGGACCACUAUCAGAGGGUUACUAGCUACACUAGGGCUGCAGUGUUGUUAGGAAGAUUCAUAGCAGGACUCCUUGGUCAACUUCUGGUGUCUUUGGGGCAUGUGUCUUAUUUUGUGCUAAACUGCAUCUCAAUGGGCAGUGUGGGGGCAGCAUUCAUUGUGGCGGUCUGUCUGCCAAGCGUCUCCAAGUCAGUGUAUUUUCACCAAGAAACAUCGACUGAGAACUCACAACAGCAGAUUGAUGCUAGCCAGGAUCCCAACAGAGAAAUCGACCGUGAGCGCUGCGCCUCCUGUGAUGAUUCCAUCAUGGGCUCCCACCCCCCAAGUAUCUUGAGCAGCAGGGCCAGCACACCCAGCACAAUCCAUCACAACCGGGGAGUCACACCUAACACACUUGAAACUGGGACUCCAUCUUCAUUACAGUUUGGCAGUGCUGGCUUUUUAGGCAUGGAUUUAGAUGCCAGAUCGCUGGCAUAUGGCAUGAGUGGAAGUGUUGACAGUAAAAUUAUGAGGCUGGAUAAUGAAUUUCAAGAUUCUGGGAGCCAUUUUUACUCUGACCUGCAUCUCCGUAGCAAUGUGGAUGAUACGGUCAGUUGGCAGUCUGUUGACACAAACUUAGUACAAAGAUCGCAGAAUAUGAACGCAGCCUGCAGAGAUUCUUUUAAAAGUAUGUGGCAUGAUUUUUUGACGUGCUAUAGAGACCGGCACCUCUUGAAGUGGUCCCUCUGGUGGGCAUUUGCAAUGUGUGGGAAUUUCCAAGUGGGAAACUAUAUCCAGAAUAUGUGGGACAUCAUAAGUCCAUCCAGGGACAACCCCGAUGUUUAUAAUGGUGGAGUGGAUGCUGUGUCCACUGCAAUAGGUGCUCUUGCUGCACUCCUGGUAGGCUUUGUGAAGGUGAACUGGAGGAAAUGGGGGGAGGCUUUCUUGGGUGUGAUUUCUAUACUGGAUGCAGUGGUGCUACUUGCCAUUUCCUUCUCCAAGUCUAUCUGGCUGGCAUAUGGGCUUUAUAUUGCAUUCCGGGCCUCAUUUCAAAUGGUUAUCACAAUAGCUAGUUACCAGGUGGCCUCAGUGCUAGCAGUAGAGAGGUAUGCCUUGGUGUUUGGUUGUAACACGUUUGUUGCUGUGCUGAUACAGACCAUCAUGACGGCCAUACUGGUGGAUAAGAGGGGGCUGGACGCCACUCCUGACACACAGUUUAUAGUUUAUGGGUCCUAUUUCUUUGUUAUUGGAACCAUUUUUGCGGUAAAGGCAUCCUUCACUUUGGGCCAGAAGAAGUGUUACUGCUCCAAACUGAGAGAUUCUAAUGUCCCAUACAGAGAAAUGGAUGACAGUAGCAUAGAUGACAGUACUGUUGACAGGGGAUCCGGACAGUCUGGAUACUCAGAGGGAAGUUUGGUAAUAAAUUAGCUGACACAUUGUACCAUUGAUGAACCAGUGGUUUAUUGAUUUGCCUUUGACAUUGCAUGUUUGACAGAUAUCACAGUGACUCUUCACACAUUCAAAGUAGCACCAGCUUAAACAAAAAAAUUUAUAUGCUGGCCUAAUUUCAAAUGCUUUAAAUUGAUGAACCUGGUUAGAGUUCAACUCGUUAGACUUAAGAAGUCUGUGUUGUUUAAAUGUCCAAGGUGCAGUUAGAAUCAAUUAUGUAAGCUUCUCCACCAGAGGGCAUCUGGGUGAUGAUGUCCUUCUUAUUUAUUUUUUUUUUUUUGCAAAAUUUGCACCUGUUGUACAGAAAUUGUACAAAAUUAACCAGAGGAAUAUCUGUGAAUAUCAGAUGAAAAAAUCUUUCUGGAUAUGUGUAAUUUGAUUUUCCUAUCAAAUGCAAAUUAUUGAGUAAUUUAGUUCAGUGUAUAUAUGAUAGAUAGGCAGAUGAACAGAAUUGUUUUACAGACCAUGGGAGAGAGGCCACUUGGUGAAAGGCAACCCAGCUCCUUCAGAAUUUUUUUUCUGUUGUGGUGCAACACAAGACAGGGUAAAUCAUUAAUUGGUUAGCCUACUAUGAAAAAAGUCUCCAAAUCCAUUUUAGUCCCAUUUUUGAUUUUUUCAAAAUUUUAUUAUCAAAGUAAGAUAAGCAUCCCCACUGUCAAAAUUUGAGACACAACUGUAACAUUGUAGCUCAAAGGCCUAAUAAGGUUUACAUGUUGUGUUUAUGAAAGGUAAAGCUGAAUUUUAUUUACCAAUUUGAACUGCAGUUCAGCAAAGAUUCAUAGAAAUAUAUUUAAAAGAAAUACUGUGCCACUUGUGCAAGGUCUCAAAUGAAAUAUUAAUUUCUAAGUUGUUUUAAGUUGCCUUAAAAUUCAAAGUAAGCAUUUAAUGACUGUAGAAAAUACUCAAUGACAGGGCAGAUAGAUUGUUUUUGAUAUGCAGGUAUCUUUCUGAUUUAUUUUAGAGAACUUGACAGAAAUAACAUUAAAAAAUUUAGCAAAAUUUAGGAAUUGAAAUCUAUAUAUUUUGUACUAACUUACAAGUUUAUUUACCAGAGCCAUAACAGCAAAGUCAUAUCAGUCCCCAAGAACAAAAAGUGCCAAUUUGUGUUUUCCUUUAUGUCUAAAUAUAUAUAUUCACAUUGUUGAAAUACAUUUUUUGUGUUGUAAUCUAAAAGAAUGAAGAUGAAGAGCUUUAUGUACAAUAUUAUGUUUUCUUGAACAACAAACACUGAUGUUGAUUGUUUUCUCAAAUUAGAUGUAGAAAGGGAAAGAGUUAUCUCUUUGAGGUUAUGUAAAGAAAGUCUUUUAUAUAUGCCCACCAAAUAUAUGACAUAGGGCCCAGUGACUUCUGGGUUAUAAUAUUGUCACUGUGGCAUUCAGCUGGUGACCUUGAAGUUGAAGUUGGUGGGCAGUUUGUUGUAGGUUAUGGUAAUGACUCUUUCUUUUCAGUGGAAAAAUUAUCAAAUUGAACCUUUCAGAUACAUAUCAUACAUAGUUUUGGAAUUUGCUUUCAAUUUUGUUGCCAUUAAAUAGGAAUGUUCUGAUUUUAAAAAAUUAGACCUCAAAAGAAUACAGUAACUGUAAAAUUCACAAUUUCCGUCAUUAAAAGGAUUGAGUCAUUACUAUACUGUUUAUUAUAUUUGAAGUAAAGGAAAUAAUUUAACAUAAAGAAUUUCAUUUGCCAAUAGCUGUAGAAAGUUGAAGUGAGAUUUACCAGUCAAUAAGCAUUAUUACAGAUUCAAUUCACUUGAAUGCCUGAUAAGUUACUCAAAAUAUCAAGUAGUUUAUAAUUUAACACAUAAAUGCCAAAGUGUGUUGUUGGGAUUCGGCAUUAAUUAUAUAACAUACAGCUAGCCUGUGGCCAGAGUUGGUGUUGUUGGGGGAGGGGAGGGGGAGCAUUAAUAGAACCGACCUCUUUGCCAGAACUUGUCUUAGGCUACAUUCAACUUCAAGUUCAAUUAGCAUUUGGCCUUGAAUUUACAGACCUUGAUAAAUGGAAAUGGCUUUUAUUAUGAAAUCUAUAGUAAAAGUUGCCUACAAAAAAUCCAGGUUAUUUUAUUGAAAUAUUUUUACUAAAAGACCCCCUUGUUUCUCUAUCCAAUUCCUGGCAACAGUCCUGUACUGGAAAAUAAUGUUUUGAAACUUUCUGAUGCAGGAAUGGAUAAUGUUUUCUUUAGCACAAAGGUUGAGGAGCUCUGAAUUAAGUAAGCCCACUGAUGCUAUAGCUACUGUUGAAACUAGAAACAAC